AUGGAGAUCCCCAUGUGGAAAUGGGAACAAAUCACGAUGUACUUUAUCACCAAGUUGCUGAGGACGGCGAAGGGGUAUGAUGCUAUAUGGGUCAUCAUCGAUCGAUUGACCAAGAGCGCCCAUUUCCUAGCCAUUCGGGAGAGUUCAUCAGCCGAGAAGUUGGCCGAUCAUACGUUCCAUGAGGAACUGGGCACAAGACUGCAUUUUAGCACCGCUUACCAUCCACAGAAAGACGGCCAGAGCAAGCGGACCAUUCAGACCCUCGAGAAUAUGUUGAGGGCCUGCGUCAUUGAUUUUGGCGGGAGUUGGGACUCCUAUCUAACCCUUGCAGAGUUCUCCUACAACAACAGCUUUCACUCCAGCAUUGGUGCUCCACCUUUUGAGCUGUUGUAUGGGCGGAGAUGUCGUACCCCCAGUCGGCAGAAGAGUUACGCCGACUGGCGCCGAUCUGAGUUGGAGUUUCAGGUCGGUGACAUGGUGUUGCUGAAGGUCUCUCCCUGGAAGGGUGUGAUCCGCUUUAGGAAGAGGGGAAAGUUGGUUCCCCAAUACAUUAGGCCAUUUCGGAUUAUUGUCAGGGUUGGCAAGGUGGCGUAUAGACUGGAUUUUCCGGAGGAGCUCCGUCAGAUUCAUAGCACUUUCCAUGUUUCACAAUUGCAGAAGUGCAUAUUAGACGAGGAUGCAGUAGUGUCAUUGGAUGACAUUCAGGUUGACGAACGCCCAAAUUAUGUUGAGCACCCGGUGGCUAUCUUAGAAAGGAAGAUAAAGGUUAUGCGUAACAAGGAAAUACCUUUGGUAAAGGUACAAUGGCAGCAUCGGAUAGGAUUCGAGUGGACUUUGAAGCCGGAGGCCGAGAUGCGAGAGCAUUAUCCAGAUCUGUUUGCUACAACAGACUUCAACGAAGAAGUCUAG